GCCGCCCACGCCGCCCUCCUCCGCCUCCUCGUCCGCUCCCGCUUCCUCGGCCCCGCCGAGCGCCUCCGCGUCUCCAUGCUCCGCUCCGCCCCCUCCCCCGGCGACCUCCGCCUCGCCCUUGACGCCAUCGCCGCCGCCUCCGAUCCCAAACCCGACGGUGGUCCUAUCAGACCCUCUCUCUCCCUCCGAUGCUACAAUUUGGCGCUUAAUUCUCUCGCAAAGUUCGGGAUGAUCCAGGAGCUGAGGAACACGUACCAUCGGAUGCUCCAAGAUGGGAUUUUGCCGAACGUUUACACCUAUAACGUCUUGAUCAAUGCUUAUUGUAAGGAAGGUAACAUCUCCGAGGCGAAAAAUUUCUUAGCAUCGAUGCUCAAUGCCGGUUUGGAGCCUGACACAUUCACUUACAACUCCUUAAUGCUGGGUUACUGCAAAAGGAGGGAUCUUGGGGCGGCUUGCCGUGUUUUUGUGAUGAUGACGCAGAAGGGUUGGCCCAGGGAUGUGUUCUCAUACACCAUUCUCAUACAGGGUUUAUGUGAGGGCCGUCGGGUUGAUGAUGCACGCAAGUUGUUUGUUGAAAUGCCGCAAUGUGGGUGUUCUCCGAAUGUUCACACCUACACGGUGAUGAUCGAUGGAUUUUGUAAAGAUGGAAGGAUUGAGGAUGCUGAGACACUGCUCGGUGAAAUGUCGGGGAGAAAUUUGGUUCCUAACGUUGUGACGUAUAAUGCUUUGGUUGGCGGGUAUUGUAAGCAUGGAAGAUUUGAUGAUGCUUUUAGGGUUUUGGAGGUUAUGGAAUCUAGUGAAUGUAGGCCGGAUUGCUGGACUUAUACUGAGCUGAUAGAUGGCUUCUGCAAGCACAACAUGGUAGAGAAGGCAGAAGCGACUUUAAAUACAAUGCGCGAGAAGCAAUUGGCCGUUGGAGUCGUUACUUACAAUGUGUUGAUCGACGGGUACUGCAAGAAUGGGAAUGUUGAUGCCGCUUUUAGGGUUAUGGAACUGAUGGAGCGGAGUGGGUGUAAGCCAGAUGCUCAAACUUAUAACGGGCUGAUAAAUGGGCUUUGUCUUGGCAGGAAGCUGCACAAAGCGAUGGGUUUGUUGAGUAAGAUGAUUGGCGUCGGGAUAUCUCCUAAUAACGUUACGUACAACUUGUUGAUUCACGGUCAAUGUAACGAGGGAAACAUUAAUAAUGCAUUUAGGUUGCUUAAUUUGAUGAAGGAAAUCGCCGUCGCGCCAGACCAACAGACGUAUUCUAUAUUAAUAGACGCUCUUUGCAAGGACGGCAGAGUCGAGGAAGCUUAUUCUCUUUUUAAUUCUCUUGAUGGAGAAGGCAUUAAGGCAGGCGAGAGCAUCUAUAACUCACUGAUUCAUGCGGAGUGUGAAGCUGGAAAUAUUGAUGCUGCUUACUCAUUAAUAAAUAGAAUGAAGUUAGAAGGCUGCUCGCCUGACUCUUACACCUUCAAUGCUCUAAUUCUAGGGUUAUGUAAACAGACAAGAUUUCCUGAAGCCAUCUCAUUACUAGAUGAUAUGCUGGAGAAGGGAAUAGAACCCACAACCUGCAGUUUUAACAUUCUCAUCGACGAGAUGCUGAGUAAAGGUCAAGCUGCUGAUGCUAAAAGCACUUUUGACCGAAUGGUUUCUUCAGGGUGCAAGCCCGACGCAACAACGUAUACUUUGCUCACCCGCGGAUAUUGCUCUGAGGGCAGGAUGGAAGAGGCUGAGUGCGUGAUGGUGGAAAUGGGCAAAAUGGGAAUCUUCCCGGACGUGGUAACAUACAACACUCUGAUAAAUGGGUAUGGAAGCAGGGGCUUACUGGAGAAUGCUUUUUCUGCCCUCAAAAGCAUGAUUGGUGUUGGUUGCAAGCCUAAUUUCGAAACAUAUUCCAAUUUGCUAAAGCAUCUUUGUAAAAAUAAUAAUGCAGGCAAUGUUGAUGCUCCCAAACUGUGGAAGGUGAUAGAUAUAGGCACUGUGCAGGAGCUUCUUGAGCAGAUAAUUAAGCAUGGCUCUAAACCAAACAUAGACACAUAUAGUGCGCUCUUAAAAGGAUUAUGCAAAUGGGGCAGAUUGGAAGAAGCUAACAUAUUGCUCGCGCAAAUGAAAGAGAACGGAAUUUCCUGGAACGAACAUAUUUAUAACUGCCUUAUUGAUUGUUAUUGUAACUUGAAAAUGUAUACAGAGGCAUCCGCACUUGUUAGAUCCAUGGUCGAGUCCAGCCACCUGCCACGGCUGGAGUCCUGCCGUUUUCUUCUUUCCGGCCUCUGUGAUGGUGGGAAUCUCGAGAAGGCUUCGUCAGUUUUCUGUGACUUACUUGGAAGAGGUUAUAAUUAUGAUGAAUUUACGUGGACAGUUCUCAUGGAUGGCCUACUCAAGAAAGGCCAUACUGCUAUGUGUACCGAAAUGUUAUCUGUCAUGAAGGAAAAACAACGUUUUCCCAGUCCUCACACAUAUGCUUCUUUGGUUGAGGCAUAUCCUGAUGUUGUCGGCGGCAUGGUCGGAAAUGAAGCCUGAUUUUUUUGCACAGUAUGAUCUUCAUUCUUAGGAAUAUGUUCGAAAGUUGGGAUAAUCGAUGCAUGAGUUGGCAGGUAUAUUCUUUUGCUCUCAAAAUAGCAUAUUGUGAGGCCAAUGUCUGUGGACUCGAAGAUGGGGUCAUAAUAAUCAAAUGAGCCACGAUAUAUAUUCCAUGAAUUUCGAGAGGUUUGGUGCCCAUGACAUUGAAAGAUCACCCAGUUGUUCGACAUGAGUUUGCGACGUACUAAUUGCUUUCGGUUUCUGAAACCGACAGGCCAUGUUGAGUUUCAAAAAGGGGAGCAACUUCAGUGUAAUCUGGGAUUAGAACCAGUUCAACAUUUCAAGGAUCAUAAAGAAAAGCACGAGAAAAGCAUUUCGAAGAUGAAUUGGUAUAAUUGGGCCCCUUUCGGGUGAACAAUUGAGUAUGCUUUGAAGUGGAAAGUAUAUGUCACUAGAAAAUCGAAACCAACAUGUUAAUUGAAGGGCAUCUGCGAAAAUGGCUCUCAAGGCCUGUUGGCAGAAGCAUCUGCAUAUUUCAUCAAAAAGAGUGAAAAAUAAAACAGCAACAUCCACAUAUCAUUGGUUAGGCAGUGGAAGUGUAGAUUCUUUGGGUUAUGGAGAGAUGUUAACAGCUUCAGGAGAAGUAUCUUUUUGUCUUUCUUUUGUACAAUUGAAGUUUUACCUUGUUAUUUAUAUAAGGGAUGUCUUGUACUCUCAUCCUCUGCAAAUUUUGGAGCAAGAGCUAGUGUAAAUUUAAAGAUGGUUUUUUUUUUUUUUCCCCAUUCAAUAUUUUUCAUUAUGAUUAGAAAUAUUAAGUGGCUUGAUCAUGAGCUAUACUUCUCAACAAUAGUUUGGAUUGGCUAUGUUCUUCUAUUUUUCCA